GUUUUGCUUUUCCCCCUUCACGUCGAUUUCCGCCCACUCCUCAAACAAAACUCCCACAAAACACAAAAACCCCUCCCAACUCCAAUCAUCAUGUCGCAGCAACGCAUCAACCGCCGCUGGCUGUAUGUGCAGCGCCCGGCUCACGAGUCGACGGCCGAGCAUUACCAAUUGGACGAGACGACGCCUGCUCCGACGCCCGCGGACGGCGAGCUGCUCAUCCAGGCGGUCUGGUUUUCUGUGGAUCCGUACAUGCGCAUCCAGCAGUCGUCGUUCCGCACCUGGGAGGCGCCGCAUCCGCUCAACACCGUCCAAGGUGGCGGAGUUGUCGGCGUCGUGGUUGAAUCCCGCUCGCCCGCGUUCGCGCCCGGCGACUACGUCUCUGCCUACACUGGCUGGCAGCUCUACGCGACCGUCGCAGCCAGCGCAGUCCGCAAGCUCAACCCCAAGGACGCCCCGAUCGAGUAUUCCCUGGGUGUUCUGGGCAUGCCCGGCCGAACGGCGUACUUUGGACUCCUCGACGCCGGCAAACCCAAGGCGGGCGAGACGGUCGUCGUGUCGGCGGCAUCCGGCGCGGUUGGUCUGCUUGUGGCUCAAAUUGCCAAGAUCCAAAAGUGCCGCGUGGUUGGCAUCGCUGGCGGGCAGGAAAAGUGCAACUACCUCAAGUCGCUCGGCCUUGACGAGGUGAUUGACUACAAGGCCCUGCCCAGGAGCAAGGACGAUGUCGAUUACGACGCCAUUUUGGCCGCGCUCAAGCAGGCGUGCCCCCAAGGUGUUGAUAUCUACUUUGACAAUGUCGGCGGCACCACCACCGAUGCCGUCUUCAACCUGAUCAAUCUUCGCGCUCGCGUUAUCAUCUGUGGCCAGAUUACUCAGUACAAUGGCAAGCUUGAUUCGGUGGAGAUGGGACCGCGCUUCUUGCACCGUCUGAUUUACACGCGCGCGACCAUCCAAGGCAUUCUUGCGCGAGAUUACGUUGAUCGCAUGGAUGAGAUGCUGCCUGUGAUGAUCGACUGGCUCAACUCUGGCAAGCUCAAGUACGAACAGACCGUCGUCGACGGGUUUGAACAGCUGCCGUCUGCUUUGAACGCCCUGUUCCACGGCAAGAAUGUUGGCAAGAUGCUCGUGCGUGCUUAAGCGAGCGGAGCUGGAUGCGCGUGUUGCAGUGUAGCAAUGUAGCAAUGUUCAUGGAACUAAAACGAAAAAAAUCAAACUUUCAAACACACA